AUGUUGUUUUUCAGUUUUUUCAAGACCUUGGUGGAUCAAGAGGUCACUGUUGAGCUCAAGAAUGAUAUGGAAAUAAGGGGAAUAUUGAAGUCGGUGGACCAAUACUUGAACUUGAAAUUGGAUGAUAUAACAUGCACAAAUUGUGAUAAAUAUCCUUACCUAGAUGCUGUUAAAAAUCUAUUCAUUAGAGGGUCUACUGUACGAUACGUGCAUAUGAACCCCAACUCAGUCGAUUGUACGUUACUACAAGAUGCAUCAAGAAGAGAGGCAAUGGUGCAAGCUUCGAAAUGA